GUCCCGUCUCUGCCAUAGUCAUGGACUUGCUGGGAAAGCCGGAAUUCUUUUCUGUCGACCAAAUAAAGCGUGCUUUGGAACAUUUCCCUGCUGCGUCUUUGUUGGCUGAGAACAAACCGAUCACGAACAAUCGUCAAGAGUGGAUCCGUCAUGUGGCCACUGUCUUGAGGGCGGAACACAAAGGUGUCUCGAUUGAUAAUGUUUUGGACGAGUUUGCUGGUUCCAGUGAAGUGGAUAAGCCCCAGAGUCCCGGAUUGAUGGGAAAUACGGGCCUCUUCGGGGAUUCGAAUGGAGUUUAUGGUGGUGAAAGCGAGCGGAUGGAUGACGAUGCACUCGUCGCAAAUUUCAUUCAAAAUCCCAUCAUGCAAGCCAGGCACGAUAAUUGGGGUAAACCACAUGGCAGUUCUCAGAUCCGCUUCCCGCAACUGCGUGCUCUUCCGAGAGUCUACCACGAAACCAUUCGUAUUCUCUCCUCUCAAAUGCCUGCUCCGAACAAGGAUAGAGAAUUGUUGCUGAAUGCUUCUGCGGCAAACAAACGCCGCAAGUUUGACGACACUUUUGACUCCAGGUUCGGCACGCAGCUGAUCUCCUUCAGUUUCAAGCACAGUUUACAACGUGGGGGAUUUACCACGUGUUUCGCUUUGAUUCUGGGCUGUAAAAAUCGUCUGGAGCAGCGAUUGUGGAUUAGGCAGUUAUUGGCGAAGGCUGCUUUGCCCCAGGAUCAAGGAAUCAAGCGUGUUCUUACCCUGCCAUUCUUUUCGGCAUCAGAUUCUCUGUUCGAAGACGCUUGUCUUUACCUGGAAUCCCUCGCCAAGUCCAGGCCUCCCGUCGGGAAUGAUGUCUAUUCAGUGUUGAAAGUGCUGUACGUGAAAAAGGGAUAUUAUGUGCGAGCGGCCUGCGUAGGGUUCGAACUGAGUACCAGACUGGAAGCGGAAUCACACGGCGUUUCACCUGAAGAUCAGGUCAAGAUGCUGAAUCAGGCUGUGACCGGUUAUUGUGGAGCCGAGAUGAUGUUGUCAUAUUCGAUCGAAGACGGAGGUCCGGGCUUUUUCCUCCAUUUCCCGUCGACGCCCUCGGCCAAGGCCAGCAAAGCCCCGCAGUUUCCCAAUGGAAAGAUCAUCGAACUU